AGGAAGAAAGGACAUCAUGAUCCCAAAGGCUGCUCUUCUAGUGCCUGCUGAUCUGUGUCAGUGGUGGUGUGUUGUGUGUUAUCUGUAUGUGUGUGGGCUGGGCUGCCUGCUGUCCCAGUGUUUUACCUCCCCCCCAUUGCCUGGAGAAUUCCAGCCUGGGAUCUGUCAGAGUGUGGAUCCAUCAUCCUCCACUCACUGCAAUUGUGACCCUGCCACUGCCAGCCACAGAUACAGUCUGUCCGUGACACUGAUUUUGUCCUUAAUAUUGGUGCUGGUGGCAUCUUAUGGC